GUGAUGUUAGCAAGUGAGCGCCAGUUGCGAGAGAUAAACCAACAUAUAUAGCAUAUAACUACUGGCAUUAUUCAGCUUUACUUUGCCACUUGGUCCCAGUCACACAUCAAUUCAUCCAACUUUCAGUUGCGAUUUGCUCCUCAACGGUGAAGCAUCAUUCUCCGGAUCCAUCGUGCCAAUCUUUUCAGUUUUUUAUUUGCCGGAAAGUGAAUCAAUUUUGUCUCUUUGAGUUUCUUUCUUGGUGCAUGUGAAAUAUUUUUUUUUAAGUGUCUUGAGACAGUGAUUAAAAAAUUCUCUUUAUCGAGUUUUCUGCUGAGGGAUUUCUUUUUAACCCAGUGAAAUAUAAAUGGUGUUAAAUCAGUGAAUUUUGCAGAGAUUGCGCAUAAAUGGAAAAAAAUGAACGUGAUGGCUGAAAGACUGAUGCUGUAAAAUAAUACAAAUCAUUUUGAAAAUAGACCCACAGACAGCACUUCACUAUCACAAAAAGCACUUUAGUAAUUUGGAGAAAUAAAAUGGAAGUUUCAAGAAGUUUCCUUAUCAUCACACUCGUCGCAAUACUGAUCAGUUGUGGUUCAGUGAAUGGACGUCGAACCAAACGAAUGUAUGCCAUGUGCCCGCCAAAAUUUGUACGACUUGGCAAUGAGUGCUACUACUUUGCCACCGAGAAGGCCAGCUGGCUAGAUGCUCACUUUGAGUGCAAAGACCGCAAUAGUAAACUUGCAGAACCAUUCAAAUUUGAAGAUUACCGUCUGCGGAAGUAUCUGCAGCGCUUGGAAACAGAGAGGACACCCAAAUGGAUUGGUGGCAUUUACAAUUGGGAGCGCAAGACAUGGCAAUGGGGCUACAAUGGACGACUCAUGAAGUACCAGGCAUUCAGUCAAAUGAAACCAGGGAGCACCGAAGACAUGAAAUUUCACUGUUCCAUGAUGAAUCCCACCUUGAAAUUCAAGUGGUCAGCAAAACCAUGUGUUGAGCAGUACAAUUUCAUUUGUCAACACCGGAUGCCCUUUGUGAGUGAACGAAAUCGCCGACGGGUAUAUGCAAAAUGGAACGAAACAUUCCCCAAUGAAUUGGCCAAUGAGAUUGAGGUGAUUGUAACAUCAAAUCCUAACAAUCAAUCAUCAAACAUCCACCACAGAUCGGUCAAUCGCCGUGGACACCAUAUCAACAAUAUACCAAAUGAUGAUAACCUCAAUCCAGAGGCUAUAUCUAGGCGGAAUCAGCGUCUCAAUCGUCGUGGGAGAAUGGACCAUCAGAGAAUACACCGUAGACGACCACCAAUUGUUGAUAUUGGACGUCCUAUUGUCUCCUAUGCUCCAGAUCCUGUGGUAGAAGUACGGCUAGAUAGUCGACGACAACAAGCCCGGCACAGGCAGAGGUACCCUAGGCCCUCAGUUUCUAGGCAUCACCAGCGACAUCCUACACCAACUCUGCCAACAUCAACCUCAGUGUAUGACUACCGGAUAGAAACUCAACCAAGGACUACACCUUCUACCACGACGACCACAACAACCACAACAACAACGACACCUAGCACAACGACAACAGAAUGGUCUAAUAGAAUCUACGAACAACCUGUCGAACAUCACCAUAGGGAUCAUCAUCAUCAUAAUCAUCACCGAGAAAGGGAGAAACAGGACAACGAAGUCUACGAACCUACUACAACACCAACGACAACAACGCCAACAACAACAACAACAACUGAGGCCACAACACAUGCGCGAAAAAUGUCCGAAUUGGAAAAGAAACGACGCCGUGAUGAACUACGUCAACGUCUGAGUCGCUUAUCGCCAGAAAAGCAACGUCAGUACCUCUUGAUGCGUCAGAAGAAACUCGAGGAGAGGAUGAGGAAUGAAACAGCAUAAUCCUCUAUCAAUGACACUACCUUUUAAAAAUCCUUUUACUAUGGCAUUCUCUUAUGGAAGCUUACAAGAAGAACAUUUUCAAAUCAAUCACUCUUUCCCCAAGUGAAAGAGUUUGGUAGUUGUGCCAUCUUAUUAUGGUCUACAAAUGAUUAGUUUUCGCAAGAAAAUUUUCAACGUUAAAUGGUGUAAACAACAUUUUAGGUUAGUUGUUGAAAUAUUGAAUAAUGCCCUCUGUUAUUUGUACUUUGCAUACGUGACUGAAGCGCCGCCAAGCGGAAAUACACAAAAGAUAGGAAACGCCAUCUAGCGUCAAAAUUUUCUUACAUGAAAAUUAACUAUGCGUAGGAUAUUAGCUUGUACAUUUUUUUUUAAUAAUUUAAUGUCAACAUUAAAGUUUCUUUUUGCCUGUGCGAAAUUGUUUUUUAUUUUUCAUUUUAUUGAUCAUAACUCGAUCAAGAUAAUUAUAUAGCUGCUCAUUGGAGGUAUUAAUUUAAGUGAAAACAGAUAAUAAACUUUAGCUUUUUUUAUACUUUUUGAAGAAAUGAAGAGUAAUUUUUUUUUGUCAAAUAUUUAUGUAUAUUUGUUGCUAGGAGUUAUUCCUCUGUUGUGAAUAUUAUUCCUAUAUUCAAAUUAAUAAUUUUUUUUUAAUAAAGUUAUAUAAUAUCUCUAUUUAGAAUAUAAGAUGCUUAGUGAACAGAAUAAUUUCACGGAAAGAAAAUUAUAAUAAUAGACAGUCAUUAAGGGCAAAAUAUGCAAAAUGAAAAAAAAAUAUACCAACGCAGUAUACAGUUACUCAUAUAAUUAUAAAUUCAGUGUAGAAUUUUGAAUUUAAAUAAUUGUGAAAUAUUGUAAGAACGACGCAUUUAUUUCAUUAAUAAAGUGUCGUAGGAACACACCGCAUUCAAAUGAAAAA